AACUCAAAGCAAGGACGUGAAAACUUACAAUAACUCUGUCUGUAGGGUUAGCAAAUAUGUCAAAAGUUGGUAUUUUGAAUAGUAGAAUUAGCAUGUGUGUGUACAGAUUUAGGUGUUGAUUUUUAUAAUUACGCACGUGCGAAUACUCAGUCCUGAGAGUUCUCAAAGAGCUCGCUGUCUUUCCAAGUAGUCGAUGCCAAACCAGUCCAGCUGCUGAGUUUGUGUUCUUGGCUUAUGCACCUCAAAGUACUCAGGUAGUUGCCGGAAAUGGAAAGUGGUCCAUUCAGUCGAAGGUCCUGGGCAUCGCAGUCCUUGCGUGUCACUGCGAAGGAGCUGUCACUGGUCAGUGGUCGAGGGAAAAGCAAUGCCAUUGCUGAACGCUUCUCCAAGUACCAGAGAGCUGCUGAGGAGUCAAGUGCAGAGAAGAAAAAAGGAUCUUUUGAGAGUGCGUCACCCUCCCUGCGGUCAAGCAACCUGAGUGCUCUGAAGAAGCGCUGGGAGCAGGCCGGGAACACUGAUCACAAGAAGCCUUCUUCCAACCCAUCUCUUAUCCAGCCCAGCUCACGCUGCACACCUCUCGCCCAGACCAGGCCGACUCCUAUCAGCGAACACCCGCCUCCACUGAAGAGCCCUGACCUGCUGACCGCUCAGGAAAGUCAACGUACAGCCAGCUGUGCCAAGCAGCCCCCAGAAUCAACUCCAGCAGGUGAAGAACAGAGAGGGAUGGACAGGGAUGAGCUGACACACAACGAAAGACCUGAAAAGCUUGAAGAGCAACUUCCAACUAGCCCCCGUGCCUCCUAUGAAAAACCCAGAGUGCCACUAAACAACCUGAAGAUGAGGUUCGAGAAGGGAGAGGACAAUACAGGAAAGAGUGGCAGAACAACACUACGCAGUACUUCAUCAGAGGAUAUGGACCAACCAAGUGGUCUGUCGGUGUCUGACAGGGUCUUGGAGAAGACAUCACUGAGGGAGAAGAUGGCAAAGUACCAGGCUGCUGUUUCCAAACAAGGCCCCACACAAGCUAGUCUGGCUCCAGAGGUUCCUACCCCAAAAACAUCAAAUCAGAAACCUGUACCUGCACCUGAGUGCAAUGGGAAGAGCAGCGAGCCAGUCAAAGCAACCAAGAAGUUCUGCCCACCGGUGAAGGAGACGUGCAUUGCUUGUCUGAAAACUGUGUACCCGCUGGAGAGACUGGUGGCUCAUCAGCAUGUCUACCACAAAAGCUGCUUCCGCUGCGUUCACUGUAGCACAAAGCUAAGUCUUGGGAACUAUGCCUCUCUGCACGGUAACGUGUACUGCAAGCCCCAUUUCAGCCAGCUGUUUAAAGCCAAGGGCAACUAUGACGAGGGCUUCGGCUAUCGGCCUCACAAGGAGAUAUGGGAACCCCGAGCUGAGGGAGAUGAAGGUGAGGAACCGGUGAAGCCAAAAGAACCAGAGGCUCCAGCAGCAAUGACGCGUUCAGCUGAGAGUAUCUCAGACAAAGAGCCAACCCCAACUGCGGAAACAUCCCCGCCAGUCAAAGUUACAGACCUGACUGCCUUACUGGAGACACGUGUGCAGACACAUGUUAGCUCCGGUGAGAAACAUCAGUCUGCGGAGAAGCCAGCUGAGACACGCAGGCUGAGGAUCGCCUGGCCUCCUCCAGCUGGUGAGGGCCACUCUGGAACAGGAGCACUUAGUCCCGUCACAGAGGGAGCUGCUUCAGGCCGACCCUGGAGAGCCAAGUGGCCCCCAGAGGACGAUUUACCGUCAUCCUUCCAGAGCUCUGAGCGAGCUGAACUGAAGAGCCUGAGGAGGAGCUCUUCUCUGAAGGAGCGCAGUCGGCCUUUUACAAUCGCAGCUAAACCUGUCCCCACAACCGGUCCGGGGCCCAGGGAGCCUCGUCGCCCUCUCAAGUCCCUGCUGGAAUGGAGAAAAUCGCUGGAUGAAAAAAGCUCCUUUGAAGAACAACCCAAAGAAAACAAACCAGAGCUGGAGCAGGUGAAACAGCAAGAAAAGAAAGAGCAGGUGACACCUCAGACAGUGAGCGAAGACGCAGCAAGUCUAAGUGAGACCAUCUCAGAGGAGGAUGUGCAGACUGUGCCCGAGCAACGGGAAGAAAAAGAUGAGCAGAGAGGAAAUGCAGCGGCAGACAAGAUGGCCGUUGAAGAGGGCUCUCUCAGAAGCAUCUCCCCAGAUAUCUCGGCGUCCCCCUCACCACCGUUGCAGCCGAAACAGAACCGCACUUCCCAGGAUGUGGGCUUCUGGGAGGAGGACAAAGAAGGAAGUGAUGCUGAGGAGCUGAGCGCAGAGGAUAUAAUCAAGAGGAACCGCUACUAUGAGGAGGAGGACUCUGACUCAUAGGAACAUCUCAUGGUCAUGUUGGCACGUCAGUCCACCACUUAACACUUUCAGUUAGUUUCGUCAUCUCAGUUUAAUGGUAGAUUAUUAAUAUAGCUUUGCCAGAUUUUAUAGUCUUAAAGGAAAGAUGCAAAAAUGUGUAAUAGAUGCGUGUAUGUUCAUAUAUGUUACAAUAACUGCCUUUAAUUUCUUAAAUACAAAUGUUUGAUUUUUUUACAUUUUAAUUCAAUACUGUAAAAAUAUCUAAUACAGCUUUUAUAUGACUCCUGAUUAUACUGGAAGGUGGGCCUCUCUUAAAUUGAAUCAUUGCAUCUCUGGACCUCAUAUUUUGAUAAUUAUAUGCAUCCUACAUGGCAAAUUAUUUGUAGUUGGUGUGUUCAAAAACUUAAACCAACACAAUACUUAAUGUGACACUUUUAAAUUACAGCGCCAGCCUGCAGCAACCAAAACAGCCAUUAGUUUAUUUUUACCCAAACUAGAAUGCAUUAAAGACUUAAGUAUCUUAUUUUACCAAAAAGUCCACACAAACACGUUCUUUUUAAGAUAUUGCUGGAAAGCUAAUGUAUUAUUUAUGCAUUACCUCAAUUUAAAUUGUGAAUUAGAGGGAAAACAAAAUAAAAUAUAACCCAAGUAAGUAUGCUCUGGGUUAGAUUUUAGCAAGCACACAGGUUUCGUCUUCGCUCAGGGAUGGAGACGGCAUCAGCAUCUGUGCUCACUCGUGUCCAGCUGCCUUUGUACUGUAUCUCCUCUCAUGGGACUCUGUCGCUAUAAGAGGCAUUACAGUUAAAAUACUAUAAAGCAGAUGAUAUGCAGUUUACCGCUUUGACUGUUAUUAAGCUUUUACCUUUUCGGAACACCUGAAUAAUCAUAAUUACAAGUAAAUGGAGAUCUGUAAAUUUACAUUCAGAUCAGUCAGUGAGCUAUAAUAACACCAACCUGCAGGGGGCUCUGUGGUGUAAAAAAAUACAACUGGAGCUGUAAAGACAUAUUGCAAAGGGAAUCUCAAAAUCAUAGGUGGGGCUAUGUGAAGUCAUGUAGUGUCUGAUGGAAGUCAAAUUUCCCCUACUGUGGUUGUAUCAGGGAGAUAUGUUUAAAACAUUUCAAAAUGUUUUACCUUUGUGAAUUGAUCUGAAACCUCUGAAACUGAAAGAGUCGUCGUCAAGAUGCUCUGGAAAUGUUCUUGCCACUGUUACCUCAAUAAUUGAGAAGAUAUAAUUAACCAAAGUUUCUACUGACAGCUAUGUUUCCAGUCUGACAUCUCAGUAUAUAUCAUCGUUUUGGGCCUUCUGGAUUUCUAUUUAACAUUGUAAAAUGUGGUUUCCAGUUUGUAUUGUAUGUAAAACAAUUUGUAUUGUGAAAAGUGCCGAGGAAUAUAUGUUUGCACUGCAGAAGAUUUUUUAAAUAAUUUGUAUACUGACACGUUGCCCACUACAGUGUAAGUUGUUGUUGAAACACAUUAAAAUGUUUCAAUCAAGA